CCUGUAGGCACGGUCUUGUCAGAACUUUCUCCGAAUUUCGGAACUUGUUUUAGUCUUUUGAGACUUCAGAACACAUUCCAGCUGGCCUGGACUUCGGAAGUUACGUGGUCAUCCAUUCUUUUGUUGAUUAUUUUGUUAUGAGUUUACUUUUUUUCAAUCUGGUUUUUGUUUGCUUUAUUAUGUGCCUUUGACCCCCUACAUCGGCAGGCCGAUCCCUUCCAGUUUCUCUGAAAUGUUCACUUUUAAUUUAUUCUUUACUACUGGAUCUAAUCCAAUCCCUUUGCUUCACUAUACUUUACUAUUUCACAGCACACAUAUUCACAGAGGCCUUUGUGGGCUCAGGCCUAACGGGGGGAUACUGUCAUAUGCAUGCAAUUCACCCAAUAUGCUUCCCAACCCGGCCUGGAGCGGCCGGACUUCGGAUUAAUAACCUUGUGACUUAUUUAUUAUUCCAAGCUUUCAUUGAGGUCUUCUGACUGUAUUUGGGAUGUAUAUAAGCUAGAAUACUUUGUACAUUGUAGUCAAGCUU